AUGGGGAGCGCACCGGCCACCGUCCACGAGAUGAGGCGUGCACAGAGCGCGGAUGGGCCGGCCGCCGUGCUCGGCAUCGGCACGGCGAACCCGCCGACGUGCAUUGCCCAGGAUGAUUACCCCGACUACUACUUCCGCGUCACCAGCAGCGAGCACCUCACCGACCUCAAGGCCAAGCUCAGCAGGAUCUGCAACAACAAGAAGUCCGGCAUCAGGCAGCGCUACUUGCACCUCAACGAGGAGCUUCUGGCCGCCAAUCCGGGCUUCAUCGACCCCACGCGGCCGUCCCUGGACGAGCGCGUGGAAAUCGCCUCCGCCGCCGUCCCGGAGCUGGCCGCGAAAGCAGCCGCCAAGGCCAUCGCGGAGUGGGGACGCCCGGCCACCGACAUCACCCACCUCAUCUUCAGCACCUACUCCGGCGCGCGUGCCCCGAGCGCCGACCGCCGUCUGGCCUCCCUGCUGGGCCUCCGCCCCACGGUGUCCCGCACCAUCCUCAACCUCCACGGCUGCUACGGCGGGGGGCGGUCGCUCCAUCUCGCCAAGGAGAUCGCGGAGAACAACCGCGGCGCGCGCGUCCUCGUCGCCUGCUCCGAGCUCACGCUCAUCGCCUUCUACGGGCCCGAGGGAGGCUGCAUCGACAACAUCAUCGGCCAGACCCUGUUCGGCGACGGUGCCGGGGCCGUCAUCGUCGGCGCCGACCCCGUCGCCCCUGUCGAGCGCCCGCUGUUCGAGAUGGCGUUCGCGUCGCAGACCACGGUACCGGAGACCGAGGACGCCAUCUCCAUGCAGUACAGCAAAUGCGGCAUGGAGUAUCACCUCUCCAGCCAGGUGCCCCGCCUGCUGCGGUCCAACGUGGAACGCUGCCUUGUCGACGCGUUCCGCACGCUCGGCCUCAGCGCCGCAUGGAACGACCUUUUCUGGGCGAUCCAUCCCGGCGGUCGUGCCAUCCUGGACAACAUCGAGGAAGUGCUCGGUCUGGAGGACGGGAAACUGGCGGCGAGUCGCCACGUGCUCAGCGAGUUUGGCAACAUGAGUGGCACCACAGUGAUCUUCGUGCUCGAUGAGUUGCGCCGCCGUCGGGCAGCAGCGGCCAAGCAGGGAGGGGAUGCGCCGGAGUGGGGAGUGAUGAUGGCUUUUGGACCGGGAAUCACAAUCGAGACCAUGGUGCUCCACGCCCCUAGCAACCUGGAACUGGAGGGGAAAUUGACAAUUCAAACAUCGACCAAAAAGACUAACUUCUAUAUGCGGAGUAUAAAGCAUGGUAUAAACUAUAAACCCGGUAUAGAGGUUGCCCUAGUAAAAUAA